AUGAAAAUGUUUAAUGAAUUAUUAGGGAAUCGUUUUAUAUCGAGAUCGGUAUUAUCCACAUUCAAAGACCAUAUUUUCACUAUUAAUGAUCAGAUAUCUGAAGCUUCCGAAUUGUUAAUCUGCACUAUUACUAAAAACGAAUUGAGUGGAAAUAUUUCUAAUAAUAGUAAUUUUAGCUACGAAGAUUCAGAACGUGCAUUCUUUGAAAACUUUUUCAUUGAUGUGCUUCUCAUUUUGGUUUAUUUGUAA